CUCAGGACUUAGUCAUCUGCCCCUUGUAAGUUUGUGCCCCUCAGCAAUACCUCCCUGUGCCCCGGCCCAGCCCCCUGCCCUGUGGUCUUCCAUAGUGAAGUUUGGCAGCAAAUUGCCCUGGACAGCAGGCUGAUCACUUCCUACAGAGACAAGAACAAUCACCCAGGCGAAAAGGGAUAAAUAAAACCGGCCAGGAGCCCCACAUUGAAAAGGAUCAUCCCGCUAUCUCAACAAUUUUCUGCGCAGCUUGGUAACAUUUUUAUGUAGAAACAAAUGUUUUUUAAAAAGAAAAGGAGAGCGUUCUCCGUGUUACCUUCAAACCCAGGUCACAGCAGCUUUUCGGCUGGCUUGGCCUGGCUUUCUUCAACUCUCUCUUUUUUUUCAGGCUUUGCAGUACCUGUCCCUGCCGGUCUCCAGGCCCCCAGUUACAGGUCAGCUCCACGCCGAAGGGGAGGAGCUACUGGCCAGGUUCUGUUCCCAGCAUCAGGGCCCCACAUCCCAAGGACCUACAGUGCCUCCUGGGGACCAAAGAGGACCCCAUCUCUCCGUCGUGUGCCCUGUGAGUGCCGUGUCCAACACCAUGGGUGGCGGGCCCAAGAAAGGUUUGGCUUUGAUUGGAUUCAGUCUUCUCUGCCUUAAAAUGGUUGCUUCAGCAAAAACAGCUCCUGAAACACCCACUAUUGACCAGGCAUACUCAAAAAUCAGCAACAGUAUCACCGUGGAAUGGGCCACCGUGCCAGGCGCCACCAGUUACCUCCUCACGGCCAAAAAUGGGGACACCGUCAUUGAAACCACGGUGGCCAAUUCCCCGGGCACUGUCACGGGCCUGAAGGCAGCCACCUUGUACCAAAUCACCGUCAGCUCCAUCAGUGCCGCUGGGCGGAGCCAGGCGUCACCUCCAACACAGGCAAAGACAGUGCUGGCCGCACCGGUUCUAGAAGUGAGCUCUCCAAGUUCAGACUCUAUUCUCGUGCAGUGGGAAGCCGUAUAUAUGGCCACCGGGUUCUCUGUGUCCAUCAUGCGAGCCAAUGGUUUGGGUAGAAUAUGGAAGGAGAAUACCACAAACACCACCUUGACAUUCACCAGUUUAGACGCCGGGACGCUCUAUACCAUCAAGGCCUAUGCGUGGAAUGCCAACGGGACCCCUGGGGAUGACUCCACCUGCAACCAGAGAACGAGUCCCCGGGCUCCCGCCGACAUUCAAGUCUCUUUUGACAGCGGGGCUCUGGCCGCGUCGGUUUCCUGGGCCCCCACGGAAGGAGCCUCCAACUACACGGCGCUGGCUCGGAGUGACUCCUCCCAGCUGAGCUGCAGCACGGCCUCCAGCGGCUGCACCAUCUCCUCCCUCCGCUGUGGGACCGAGUACCUGAUCUCCGUGUCGGCCAGCAACGAUGCCGGGUCCAGCAGGUCGGCUUCGGCGGGGACCCUGAAAACCAUUGCUUGUGCACCUGGAAGAGUGAUGAUCCAAGAAGACCCCCCCGGCCACCUGUCUGUGUCUUGGUCCAACGUGGACCUGGGUGAUUACUACGUGGCCUUUGUGAAGAGUGACGACGGCUUGGAAGUUCACUGCAACACAUCCCUCCCCCGGUGCGACUUCCCCUCUGCAUGUGGCUUCACUUACUUCAUCAGCGUCUUUGCCUAUAACAGGGCGGGGCAGAGUCCUUUGGGCGACGUGUUCAAUUACACCACAGCUCCCUGCUGUCCUAGCGACAUUAACCCCGUGCUGGUGUCCAGCGACCGAGUGGAGAUGGUCUGGUCUCCCGUCCGGGGUGCCGAACUUUAUGAGACCAGGGCUGCCGACGGGUUCAACGUGGUGGAGUGCCACGACACGGCCCCCGCGUGUACCCUCUCUGCCCUGGAGUGCGACACCAAGUACAACAUCACAGUGUAUUCCUUCAGCGAGGCCCGGGGCAGCAAUACCUCCUGUGCUUCCCGGCUCAUCACCACCGCUCCUUGCAGUCCUGAAAUACAAAGCAUUUCGAAGGACGCCUUCUCCGCGAUCCACGUGCACUGGAGAUCCCGGAACCAGGGCGCCACCUACACCGUGACAGCGCGGGGAGAGGAGGGGCUGUAUCGGUGCAGCAGCUCGGGCCAGGCCUGUGCCCUGGGCGGCCUGCCCUGCGGCUCCCUGUUCUCCGUCACCGCGGUGGCCGAGACGCAGGCGGGACGGAGCCUGCCCAGCUACAGUGUCCCCCUGGAGACAGUGCCCUGCUGUCCAGCCGGCCUGACAGUGACUCAGGUCACCCAAUCAGUGGUCAACGUGAGCUGGACUGUUGGGACCGGGGCCCUCACCUACGUGACCGUCCUGGCGUCCCGCACUGGACAGUCUCAGUGUCGCACCCAUCAAAACCACUGCCUCCUGGGAUGCAUCACCUGUGGCGUCAAUUACACAGUGGCCUUAAAAGCAAUCAGCGCCACCGGGCUGACUGCAGACUGCGCCUACCAACGCUACGCCUCUAGUGCCUGCUGCCCGCUGGGCGUGAAGCUGUACAGGCUGGGCCCUAACGGCAUCCGGGUCGACUGGCGCGCCGCCAGGGGCUCCGCCAACUACAGCACUGACCUCUAUGGCUCCAAAGGCAUUUUCACCUGCUCCCCAAGCGCCGGCCUCAGUUUCUGUGACGUCACAGAGAUACCCUGCGGGGACGUGUAUACCGUGAUGGUCUCACCGGUGGCUGAGACAGGACUGAAGCUCACCUUCUGUCCAAAAAAAAUAUACUCAGUCACCUGCUCUGGAAGUACACUUGGAAUGGUGAUUUACAGAGGGAAGAGAAAUGCAGAGUGACCGAGCGAGGCGCAGUGACAACGGAGGCUUGACCUAGGUUGUCUCAAACGUUAGUGUGACUAGAGAUGGACAAGCUCCAUUAGCCUACACAAUGCAUCUAGCACAGGACUAGCUCUUUAGAAGAACAACUCUGACUCCGGAAGGCGAGGUCAGGAUCCCGGCCGGUGUGGCUCAGUGGUUGAGCGUCAACCUAUGAACCAGGAGGUCACGGUUCCAUUCCCUGUCAGGCAGGGCACAUGCCCGGGCUGCAGGCUCGAUCCCCAGUAGGGGGCGUGCAGAGGCGGCUGAUCAAUGAUUCUCUCUCAUCAUUGAUGUUUCUCUCUCUCUCCCUUCCUCUUUGAAAUCAAUAUAUUAAAAAUUAAAAGAAAAGAUGUGCUGCGGAGAGGACCGGGGAGAGAUAUAGACCCAGCAAGUCCUCCGGAAGGCUGCCAGCGUGAGCCGUGCCCUGGGCAAGCCCUGGACACAUGGAAGGUCUACUUAAGAGAUUUCUUCUGAGAUUUCACAUCCAGACACGCCACGGCCUCAGCCCAUCUGUUUCAUCGACACCAGCCCUGGCCAUGUAGCCCUUUAACCAUUCAAGGGCUGCAAAGGUUCACUCCCAGAGAAGGCGACAUCAGGCCACAUACAGAGACUCCACUCAUCCCCAAGCAAACCACCCGGACUUCGGGACUUCGGGACUUCGGGCCGGCAGCACUGCCAGGCCCACCUGUCCUGCCCAGCGGCUUGCAGCGGGGGCCAAGCCACAGCGUCGGGCUGUGGGACCUCUGCUGGAGCGCCUGGGAGAGCUGAGUUGUUGGCCAGUUUCUGAAAGAUCGCAGCCAUGCUUGUGCGUGUGCAAACCCUUCGGAUGAAGAGACAGCCGGGGCAGGGCCUCAAACUGUGGCAGACUGACAUACGUGUACCUUUUGGGGGAAGGACCAUCAAUCUUGUUGGCUGUAUCCCCCUCUCACACUGUAACCGUUUUUUUCCAUCUCUGGAGAGGAAAGGCAAUGAUUAUAUGUAAUAUAAAGCUGUUAUACCUAGAAAAA